GCCGGCCAAUGGGCGGCACGCUCGGGCUGCUUCCUGCUCCGCGGCCCGCUCGCCCCUUCCCCAGGUCUCCCAGCGACGGGCGGGGCGCGGGGGCGGGCGUCGGCCACGGUGACGCGCGGCGGGCCGGGAGCCAAUAGGGGGCGGGCUCGGCGCUGAUAGACGGGGCCAGUGGCCAGUGGCGAGGCGCUGGCCGCACUUCCCGUCGGGGAGAGAGUGUAAUAUGGCGAAGACCUACGAUUACCUGUUCAAGCUGCUGCUGAUCGGGGACUCGGGGGUGGGGAAGACCUGUGUCCUGUUCCGCUUCUCCGAGGACGCCUUCAACUCCACUUUCAUCUCCACCAUAGGAAUUGACUUUAAAAUUAGGACCAUAGAGCUCGAUGGCAAGAGAAUUAAACUACAGAUAUGGGACACGGCCGGUCAGGAACGGUUUCGGACGAUCACAACGGCCUACUACAGGGGUGCAAUGGGCAUCAUGCUGGUCUACGACAUCACCAACGAGAAGUCCUUCGACAACAUCCGGAACUGGAUUCGGAACAUUGAGGAGCACGCCUCUGCAGACGUCGAAAAGAUGAUACUCGGGAACAAGUGUGACGUGAACGACAAAAGACAAGUUUCCAAGGAACGGGGAGAAAAGCUGGCCCUCGACUACGGAAUCAAGUUCAUGGAGACCAGUGCGAAGGCCAACAUCAACGUGGAGAACGCGUUUUUCACCCUCGCCAGAGACAUCAAAGCAAAAAUGGACAAAAAAUUGGAAGGCAACAGCCCCCAGGGCAGCAACCAGGGAGUCAAAAUCACACCAGACCAGCAGAAGAGGAGCAGCUUUUUCCGGUGUGUUCUUCUGUGAGGAACGCCGCCUUACUCUGCGCCUCGCUCAGCCGAGCUGACUGUGCCUGUUCCGAGUGAGCCCCUCACUCAGCCGGGGCCCUCCCACCUCCAACGCCCCGCCCGCGCCGCGGCCACCGGGCCCUCGGCCACCAGAAUGCAAUUGAGAAAUUGUUUUAUUUUAGUAACCGUCUGAUCUUUUUCAACUUCGGAGAUGGAAUAAGUUAAGAAUUUGCUAUUUUUUCCUGUAACGUCCGCUGAACGGGCCGACCCCACGCAUCGAGUUUCCAGAAAGAGAGAGAGAAGUGCAGUCAGGGUGUGACGGGCAGCAACACCCAGUGGCAGGCCUCCGGCUCUGAGCCUCGAUGCCUUGCCGCGGGCCACACGGAGCCCCACCGGGGAGCCCGUUCACACGACCCUGCCGGGGAAGCGAGGCCACUGAAGGCCAGCGGCAGUUCUGGGAGCGUCAGGCCCCGCACUUUGAUCCACGCAACCGACCGCCAGGCCCGGGGAGGCGUCCGCCCAGCAAACCUGCUGUCCACUCCCUCCUCCCUUCUCGGUUUCAGACAAGUGACAAAAACCGUUUCUCUGCCCCGCUCUCUUUUUUUAACUAUUAAGCCAAAGGGAAGCACAAGUUAAGGAAAUCCUGUGUAAGGCGUCGAGAAGGAAAGAACCCUGGGGCGGCGCCUCCCGUUCACAGCGGGGUUGAGGGCUGGGGUCCGGCCAGGCCCCUCGGCUGGCGCCGUCUGAGCACUGAGGGGACGCUGGCUGCGCGCGCCACAGGUGACCGCGAAAACACAACCACACCUGCCCCGCGGUCCUCCCGCCAUCGGGUCACCCUCCUCUCAGCCCUGACAUGGCCCCUGCCUCCUCUGCGUCCCCCCCCGCUGCCUCCAAAUCGGACGUCCUUCCUAGCUGAGAUUUUAUAUUUCCAGAUUCGUAGUGCCAUGAAGCGGUUCCGUCUUUGAUUCCCGGCGGCAAACCUAGGUGAUGAGGAACAAGCUCCUGACGCCCCCGGCUGGAUGUGGCCGAGACGCAUCAUUCCGUGGCAGCGGGUGGGGGGUGCUCAGCUGUCAUCACUGGGUUCCAUCUUGACAGCCGUGCUGUCCCCUGGAGAGACUGCAGUUGGGACCAGGUCACCUUGCUGGAGCAGCGUCACCGGGAGCCUUUUCUUUUGGUUUUUCUUUCCCCUCCUUAAGCUGCUGUCAAUCGAAGCCAUGGGCGUCGUAGUGUCUUUUUUUUUUUUUUUUUUUUAAUUAAACCAACAUACCAGCAAUAGUCCGCGCUCCCCCG